UAAUAACAAGUAUUUUCUCAAAAAAUAAGUUAUUGAUCGAGCCAGUUAAUGACGACCUCUUUUAUCUGCACACUUUUCCUCUACGAAAAUGCCGCCAAAGAAGGACACGAAGCAGACGUCAAAGUCCUCCAAGCCAGCUGCAAAGUCUGGUGGCAAGGCCAAGAAGAAGAAGUGGUCCAAGGGAAAGGUCCGUGACAAGCUCAACAACCUGGUGAUGUUUGACAAGGCUACCUAUGAAAAGCUCUACAAGGAAGUGCCAACCUACAAACUCAUCACACCAUCAGUUGUCUCUGAGCGUCUGAAGAUCCGUGGUUCCCUCGCCAGAUUCGCCCUAGAGGAACUCCUGAGGAAAGGUUUGAUCAAGCUAGUUGUGAAGCACAGCUCCCAGCUGAUCUACACUCGUAACCCAAAGGGUGCAGAGGCAUAGACCUGGAUAUGAAAGGACACAAGAUCUCUUUCUGCUAGUGUACAAAGUAUUGCGAUGAUACCUCUCUGGUGAUGUAAAUUAAAGAUCCGUACAGAGGAAA